UAACUAUUGUUGAUGACCAGGGUUUUAGUAGUUUUGUAGGAGUAGUGACAUUUUCUACUGGAAAUGUUUUGAGGAGAAAACAGACAAUUCCAAGAAAAUUCCUCUCCGCUUUUUGCUCCAAUUCCUGUCUUACAAUGGCUACACAGGUUUUUUCAACUGAACCUGACAAGAAGGGGCAGCUGGUCACGAGAUGGCUCACUUCUGGAUCUUCCACCUACGAAGUGCAAUCCUUUGUUGGGCAAGGCGCCUAUGGCAUAGUUGCCAAAUGCUUGAGAAUGGAGGAUAAGAAGACUGUAGCCAUAAAGAUGAUAAAGCAGCAAAGCAAUCACAAAAACAGAGAGCUGGAUGCUCUGAAGAUCCUGAAAUCUCUGGACCCAGACAAGUGCAACCUUGUCCGAUGGUACCAUGAUUUCAUAGACAAGGAGUAUGUCUGCCUGGUGUUUGAGUACCUGGACAAGAGUCUGUAUGAUUUCAUAUCGGAAAAAAAUGGCCAACCUCUCCUUCUGAUGGAGAUCAGACCAAUUGUCCAGCAGCUUGCCACUGCUCUUAAUCACUUGAAGGCUGCUGGGAUAAUACAUGCAGACCUCAAGCCGGAAAAUGUGAUGCUGGUCAACCAUCUACAGGAGCCCUACAGAGUCAAAAUUAUCGACUUUGGCCUGGCCUGUAACAUUUUAGCUGCCAGGACUGGCUCAUAUAUUCAGAGCCGUUUUUUCCGAUCUCCAGAGAUCAUUUUGGGGUAUCCCUUCACAGAGGCCAUAGAUAUGUGGUCACUGGGCUGCAUGGCUGCCAGCAUGUACCUCGGCAAAUGGCUCUACCCUGGUAGAAGUGAAUAUGAUAUGAUCAAGUUCAUAACACACACUCAGGGUCAGCUACCGCGCAAAGUUCUCCACCAUGGGUCCAAAACAAGCACAUUUUUCCAGAGUUUCAACACAUCUACCACCACUUGCUGGAAACUAAAGUCCUCUGAACAGAUCCAUAAGCAGACGGGGAUUCAGCCAAAAGAGACAAGGAGUAUAAAGCUUAGCUCACUGGAUGGCCUCCUACACAUCCGGACCUUUGACAGUAAAGGACCAGAUCUGACUGCGGAGAAAACUGAUGUGCGGGUGUUUGUGGACAUGCUAAAGGGAAUGCUUCACCUUGAUGCCACCAAGCGGAUGACACCCAAUCAGGUGCUGGAGCAUCAGUUCACCUGCAUGACCCACUUGGUCAACCGCAACUCUCAAAGCGGCUAUGUUAGGGCCUGCUAUUCUGUGAUGAAACAAAACGAUACGGCACCUUCUGUCAGUGGAGCAGCUGCGCAGAGAUCAGCACAGGAGCCGGAGAGCGCAGGAACUGCUCAGACCACAGAGUCAGACAGUUCAGGGUGGAACAGAAAUGUCGUUGAUGGGAAUUUGAACACCACUACUGCUGUGACCCGCCCCAAACAUGUCAGUGAACAUCCUGCCAGAAGCACCUCCUCCAUCAAGUGGAAGAUGCCUUUCUGUGACAGUAAAGAGCACAAAGGGAGUAAUUUGGACCAUGACACGUCCGAUCAUGAGAAAAGUUAUCUUCACAAAAGCUCUGCAGGACCAACCACCUCAGCCUGCAGCAGCGUCAGCCAUGGUCACAUGUAAUCUCAACAUGAACAAUCCAAUUGAAAAAGAUCAGGUGAACACCACUGCAACCAAAGUCCUUGUCCUGCAAAGGGGGCUCAUCAGGAGUGACAAAAAAAGCUCCUGACAAUGACACUGAGAGACGAGCCAAAGGGUGAUAUUUCUGAGUGGUACAAUUUAAACAUUAGCACAACUAUCUAUCUAUCUAUCUAUCUAUCUAUCUAUCUAUCUAUCUAUCUAUCU